AGUGAUAUGUAAAUUAGGUGUUGUAUCCGACCUAUUGAAUGUGCGUUAUGUAAAUGAGCGGAGCUGGUCGUUCCCGUCAGUAGAGUGUAUAGAGUAUUCAGGGCAGCAGUAGACUUGGGUAUGUGAGUUAUAAUAAAGUUAUUACCGAACAUGACCGUGUAGUGUUUACGUGUUUAUUUAUACUGGAUAUUUACAUACGUGGCGUGUGGUGUGCAGGACAAACGGACACACAAUGAAGUAUAAAAACCAGAUGGCGAAGGCACUGUACGACAACAUGCCUGAGUCUCCAGAGGAGCUGGCGUUCCGCAAAGGUGACAUCCUGACAGUGAUUGAGCAGAACACAGGCGGUCUGGAAGGCUGGUGGCUCUGCUCGCUGCACGGGCGCCAGGGCAUCGCUCCAGGAAACCGCCUCAAACUCCUCAUUACGCCCACCUUCGAGGGCAAUAUGGCAUCCACGCCCUCAGUGUCACCAAACCUGGCCCAUCAGCAGCAGAGGCCCAGAACCCCCCAGGGAAUGUACCAGCCCACCCAGGGGUGCCAAACCCAGGGCAUCUAUCAAGUACCCCCCAGCCAGGAUGUGUACCAGGUCCCACAGAGGAGCACACCGGCAGCUGAGGGAAUGUCAUGCAAGGUCAUGACCCCAACACGAGUUGGACAGGCAUACAUUUAUAGCCCUCCACCCAGCAACUCUCAGGACCUCUAUGAUGUUCCUCCCAUGAGAACUCAGGGGGUGUAUGACAUACCAGCAGGUAGACAGAAAGGAAAGCAUGCAAGUCCUCAAAGCCAAGGUCUUUAUGACGUUCCUCCUGCACAGGACACAAGGAAUCAGGGAGUGUAUGACAUCCCACCACCAUCACAAGGGGUUUAUUCCAUACCACCUUGUAAAAGUAACUCCAAUCAAGAUGAGAGCAAUUAUGACUUUCCCCAGCCUCACAAAAAGAAGCCAGAGGGUGUUUACGAUGUCCCACCUAUGUCCAUGUCCAAAUCCACCCACUCAAACUACGACUUUCCUCCAGCUAACUGCAGCAGUGCUAACUAUGACACUCCUCCUAGCCAGUUUAAUUCUGGAGCAUCCCAAGAUUUAUACGACGUCCCACGUGGGAUUCAGCUGCAAACACAGUGCAGGGAACGUGAUCGCAGCAAGGGGAUCUACGAUGUCCCACCCCCUGAUUCUCGUUUGCUGGCUGAUGUGACUGACGGCAUGAACCGCUUAUCACUUUCCAGCACAGGAAGUAGCAUGUCCACAUCUUCAUCUUCAGCUGGCACGCCAGCAGACGGUCGUCUCAUGCUUGACCUAGAUUCUGCCUUACAGAAGCUCAACUGCCUGCAGCAGGGCCUGGAGUCCUCGCUCUCCUCUCUGCACAGCCUGACCUCCUCACCCAGCUGGAGAAGUCAUGGCUUAAUGGGACAGUAUGCUAAUGAAGUGCGGUCCACUAUGGAGCGUGUUCGUAGCACUCUUGCUGAAUUCCUUGCUUUUGGUAAAGGCACCGCAGCCAAUGCGACAACACUAUCGGAUCCAGCACUUCACUCUAAACUGAGAAAGCAGCUGCAAAGGCUGGAGGACUCGCAGCAGAUCCUGCAGAAAAGCCUGGAAAACAGUAGCUGGGUAUUAAUGACCAGUAAGCAGCAGAGUAAAAGUGAUGAACUGGACCGCUUUGUUAUGGUGGCACACACUCUUCCUGAUGACGCCAAGCAGUUGGUGUCCAUGAUAGGGGGCAAUGCUGAGAUGCUAUUCCGCAGGGCACCUAUAGAGGGUGUUGUUCACCCUUUUACUUGCAACCAAAUAGAAGAGGAAAGCUACAGUGGCCAUACAAAACCAUUUCCUGUGGUUGAGGACAGUGAAAAGUGUGUGAAAAGCUGGAUGGAGGACUACGAUUACGUCCAUUUGCAGGGUAAAGAGGAAUUUGAGCGUCAUCAGAAGGAGCUUUUAGAAAAGGAGAACAUUAUGAACCAGAGCAAGGUCAAACUGGGACAGGAGCAGCUGAAUCAGUUUAAGCAGCUGGAGCAGGAGGCCAUUAAACCUGUCGAUAAUGACAUCACACAGUUUAUCUCACAUCAGCACUCCACAGGCUUUUUCUCUCCAUCAGACUCCUCCUCCACGUCCUCCGCUGGGAGUGGAGCUCAUUUGUGUGUGCGUGACCAGCAGCUGCUGGCUUUCUACGGCGAGCAGUGUGAGCAGCACUUUGUGACUCUCCUGAAUGCCGUGGACGCGUUCUUUAGCAGCGUGGCAGCUGGCCAGCCUCCACGGAUCUUCGUGGCUCACGCUAAAUUCGUCAUCCUCAGCGCUCAUAAGCUUGUAUUUAUUGGAGAUACUUUGUCACGGCAGGUCACUAUGUCUGAUGUGGCCAAUCGGGUGAUGGACUCUAGCAACGUACUAUGCGAGCUGCUCAAAACAGUGGUGGGUUCAACCAAAAUGGCGGCCCUGCAUUACCCCAACACUCCGGUAGUGCAGGAGAUGGUGGACCGAGUCAGGGACCUCUCACAUCAUGCACAGCAGUUUAAAAUGCAGCUCUUACAAAUGGCUGCUUUGUGAUUUGUUGUGUGUGUGUGUCUGUGUGCCUGUGUGUGUGUGUGUGUUCUAGGUUAAAUAAUAAACGAUAUAUAUUCUGUAUGUAUUAUGCACAUUGACAAAUGCUGGCUUUGUAAAUAGUUCUGUUCCAGUAUCCUGUGUAAAUAUCUGUCUCUAUUUUGUUUAGAUUUGUUUUAUAUAAGAAGAAUGAUACGGAUUAUAUAUGACUGUAAAAUUGCUUUCUAAAGCAGUAAUGCUAACAUUAUAAUUAUAAUAAUGUGCACAUUAUCAAUCUGCUCUUAUGACCGGUAGUUUAAAGCUGCUCUUUCUACUGGAAAAAAGUCUCUCAGACAUUUCAUGAAACUUGCUGCAUUUUUAACGAUGUACGUAAAAGUAAAAGACUCAUUUACUAGAUGA